AUGUCCUCUCCCUUAUCGUUAAAUCCGGAAGCUGCCUCCAGCACUGAAAAUGGAAACUCCGAGACCACCAUAAACAGUGAGAAUGAUCUAAAAGAACCCCAAGAGAGCAUCCUCUCCACAAGCAGUUCAGAAGGGUCCCAGGGAGCUUUGUUUUUCCCAAGAAAGUCUUAUCCUGAUUCCAAGGACUCUCUCAGUGAAGGUGGCUCUUUAGCAUCCCAGAAUGACCCACAGGAUCCAUCCGAGAUCCCGGUGCAGGACACGGCAUCGGAGGACCAGUUCACGAAUUCAUCUUCGGAUACCCAACUUGAGAGUUCGUUGUCAGAGCAACAAUUCCAGAGUCAAGCAUCAGGGAGCCAGUUCCAGAGUCCGGUUUCAGGGGGCCCCCUCCAGAGUAAGAUAUCAGAGGGCGAGGUCCAGAGCCCACUGUCGGAGAGCCAGUUCCACACCACGACAUCGGAGAAUGAACUUGAGGAUGACGUGCCGGAGGAGUCCGAGACCGAGAGCCCCCGGCUAGCCCAGAGCUACACGGAGGAGCCCUCUCAGUUCUCCUUGGAGGAGCACAUCACCUCCCCGACCUCCGGCAGCCAAGUCUCGCUCAUCUUCGAGAGGCCCGAAGAGACUACUGUCCUGCGGCCCAGCCCCAACCUGCGCAACAGGAGCAGCCAGCUGGCUGUGCGACACCCCUCCGUCCCUCACUCCAGCUCUUGCCUGCUCAGUGAGGAGAAUGUCAGCUACAUGCGGUCCAUCACCAGUCUUGUGGGGGGCGGCGAAGGGCCCAUCCGUUCUCUGUCCGACAUCUUGGUUUGGACGGAGACGGCCAUCGGCACGGCCACCGGGUUUCUGGACUCCAGCCGGACGUCUGUGUCCGAUGUGCUGCAUGGUACGGGGACUGCCCUCCGGUCGAUGACCAGCCUGCUGGGCGGGGCGCGCACCAUUCUGACCACCGGGCUCUUGACCAGAACUAGUUCCGUGCUUCGGACGAUGACCCAUCUGAUAGGAACCAUCGAGAGAAGAACCGUGGAGGGCCUCCGCUCCGCCUUCCGCUUUAUGACUAGCCAUAGCUCUCCAAGAAGGAAUAAUAACUCCAGGCCAUCAUGCCCUGACUAA